GUCUCUGUAUUUCUGUCUGUUUGCGCGCGCGCGUCUGUGUGUGCUUAUCUCUCUACGGUAGGCCUAUGUAGUCUAUGUGGGUACCUGUCAGUUUAUCUCUGUCUGUGAUAUUGAGUCUUUAUCUGUAUGCAUGUAUAUCUUUUUUGUGUGUGUGUGUGUGUGUGUGUGUGUGUGUGUGUGUGUGCGCGCGAGCGAGCGUGAGAGCACGCGCUAUGUAUGAUGUCCUGUCGUCUAUCUUUGCUCAUCCCUCACCAGUUCUGCACCCUUUCGGCAAACCAUCCCGAUGAGGUACUAUGGCUGGCGCGACCACGGUGCUAUGCAGAAACAGGAGGCUACGAAACCAUGAAGAAUUUCACCAGUCCGUCUUUUUCGUCGUCAUUUGCUGCCUGUCUGGGUGUUGCUGGUUUUCCACUGUUAACACAAUGGCUUAUGGCGUCAACAGAAAAUCAUGUUCCAGUUAUGAGCACUGCCAUUCAUCUCCAGAUGGUGUGCAUGAUUUGGAUUGUUUCUGGAUUUGGAAGAGCAGGAUGAAAUGUACCUGGAAGUCAGGGAGAUGGUCUUCAAGAAAUGCAAUAUAUACAUUUAUCCAUGAACAGUCACGGAAAUUGGGUCCAUACCGUCCAAACCACCAAAACACAUCAAAUACAUUCAUCGACUUUGUGGUAUAUAAGGCCGAUAAGCUGAACGCUUGUGUUAUUGAUGCAAGUCAUAUUGAGAUGAAUUGUACUAUGACAACUUUCAGUGGAAUACCACAAAAUCUGAGUCGGUGCCAUCCCAGAAACAAUAUCGACUUUAAACGAUAUUCAAGGCAGUUGGACAUAACGCCGUCCUGGGAGGAAGCUCAUGUUAAGGAUUAUGUUGUACGAAUCAGGGAGAUGGGUGGCAAAUUCUGGAGAAUGCUGCAACCAGUAUCUAAAGGGGUGAACAGCAUUGCAGCAAAUCUUACGUCAUCAAAGUCCUACGAGAUACAAGUGCAGUGUGUCACCAGUGACCAGUGCAGUCAAUGUCCAUGGAGUCAAAUCAUCACUGUGCCACCAGAGUUGACAGAUAAUCCAACAGUCAACAACUUAGAAGUCAGCCCAUAUGAAAAGGGGAAAAGACUGAUCAUCAUACACUGGAAGCUUGAGGGGUACCAUUCAGCGGACGGUUACAACGUGACGGUGGCAAAGGAAUCCAGAGAGUUCCAGCAGGUGUUAUUCACUUCAGAGUCUUCGCUGAGGCUCCUUCUCUCAGACUCAGCCUAUGUCAUCAGCAUCGUGGCCUUCAACCAAGCGGGGGCUUCCCCCCCCGUGACAACUUCCGUGCAGACUGCAGAUGAUGCUGGUUUUUUCGGGACACUGAACAUUACUUUCAAUGGCAACAUGAGCUUUGUCGUCGCCUGGGAUAUCGACCUCAGCCCUACGUACCACUGCUUUUCCGUGGACUGGUGGCUGAUGGGAGAGAAACCGUCCUGGAAGUCUUUUUACCUGAAGAAGGGACGCCACAAGGAAAUUACCCUGAAAGCCCCUCUGCAACCAUACAAGAAGUACUUUUUCCUCCUCAAUGCGAGGCCAGACAAAAACACUUGCAACCUGAAGCAUGUCAACAACAGUGAGGCCACGUACGGCAGGACUCAGCAGUACGCUUUGGAAGGAACUCCUGUGAGUGCCCCAGCGAACAUCACAAGUUUAAACGCAACAAGCAGCUCCCUGGUCGUGCAGUGGAGUCCCAUCGCAGAAGAGGACCUCCGGGGCUUUCUGCUCGGCUACCGAAUCUACUACAGCGAAAACAAGCAGGAAAACCAGUCCAUAGUUGUCCAGGUGGGGCACACAGAGCACUCCCAUGUGCUGUCUGGCCUCAAGCAGCAGACGGUUUACAUGCUACGGAUGUCGGUCUUCACCGCAGCUGGGGAGGGUGUCCAGAGCGAUCCCGUCUACUUUAAAACCAAGCCACCCGAUCUGAGUGCAGACAGACUUGCAGGACUUAUUACAGUGGUACUGCUGUUUCUCUGCGUGCCUGUUUUCUCCAGAUUGUUUAAAAGGGUGAAGGUUGUUUUCUGGCCCAGUAUACCAAACCCCGGCAACAGCAAUGCAGUCCAGAAAAUAGAUGGCGCACACAGUCUUAUGUUGCUGUUCAGGUUAUUUUGGUGACCUCACCUGACAAGCACACAUCUGGGUGCCUCAGACAUAGCCUGGACCUUCUCUCAUACCGCAAUGGGUACUUUUAUGGGUUGAACCAUAAUUAUGUGCUAAAUCCGCUGAGUGUUUGACUUAAGUUCGCCUUUAUGAAAGCUCACAUGUGCUGUGUAACUGCAUCAUUGCUAAAAAUCAGCAAAGCCUAAACACAGAUGCAAAAUUCUCUUAGCUAGGUAGGUUGUGGAAGGUCGUCAUGCACCAUGUGAUCCUGUCAUUCCCGGCAGUACUCAUUUGCGCCGUUUCAACAAGAAAUUAUCAUGUGUAUUGCUUUAUACAGAGGAUGUGUACCGGUUGUUAAUUCCCUGACAGUUCCGAAAUUGUUCCAUUGUUACACUGGACCCCGCAAUCUCAUUCACCGGGAAUGACAGGUUAGAUCCCGGGACCAAACAACGCAGGCCAUGACCCUCUCACAUCAUUUAUUUAGUUUUUAUCAAGAGUGACGUAUAUUUUUGAGAAUGCACGGUCAGACAGUGACUGGUGCAACUGGGGAUUAAGGGCACCGCUUAAGGACAGCAAAAUUGUUCUGCUGAGCCUGGGAGUUGAACCAGCGACUUUCUGAUCACAGGCACAAGUUACUAACCCAGAGCCACACAGAGACCUAGAACAUUUACAUACUGAACGUGACCCUCUGCUGCCGGGACCCACAGGACAUCCUGGAGUCCAUGGGACAUGGCCGGCUGGCCCAUGUGAAGGAGAGCAACAUGAGCA